UAGCAUUUAGGGUCCAUGUAAUCGUUGUUCAAUGCUACUAGCAUGAUCAACAACAGUACCUGGGCUGUGUCUGUUUGUUGUUGGUUGUGUUGGCUAUGUUUGCUCAUUCUAUGUUUAGCUUUUGUAUGUGAAGCUACCUUAUAUUGUGUUGAACGUUUGAAUGUGGUUGCACAGUUCAUCAAACACGAUUCUUAUCUGUUAUAUCGACAUGCCCAAAAUCAUUCCAAGCGAAUUCAAGUUGUAGUGUGUUUUUAUGUAUCAUAUAUUUGUUUUUUUUGUUUAUAUGUUUUUAAAUCUGUCAUUAUGGCCAUCAAUAUUUGCUGAUUUGUUUGGCUGAGUUAGCCAGUUUUUUUCUUACUGUAUUACACACCUAAUUAUAUCGAUCGAUCAUCGAAUCUAUUGUUUUGUUAUGAUUCACCAAAAUCAGAUUAUUAUGGCAAGCUAAGAUUUUGUCUCAUCUGUCUGUAUUUCGCAUUGUUUAACAUCGUGAUUAUUAUAUUGUUUAAAAAGCCCCUAUUGCAUUCCAUAAGCAUCUAUACGUGUGAUUGUGUUGAAAGAAUUUUUACAAUCAUGUUGUUCUGUCUAGGUGCAUCGGUUCCCAAAGAAGAUGAAUAUCAUUUUCUAAGCGAAGAAGACGAUGAAGUUGAUGAUGAAGUGGUUGUUGUCGAUAGUAUUGGCCACCGCUUGAUCGGUCAUCAUCAUCAUCAUCAUCACUCGAAAGCCUGUGACAUAGAUUUGGAAUGUGAUGCGGCCAAUGCUGGACAAUUGAUCGAUUUAGCUGCCGUAGCCGCUGCCGCUGCAGCCGCUGUUUCUGAUAGCAAAAGUCAAGAAGCAAAUGAUAAUUGUAUAAACGCAGGUCUACUAGCAGCAGCCGUUCAACAGCAGCACCAACAAUGUUCUUGUUGUAAAUCGUCGUCAUCGGUCAAUUGUUCUAGUCUUCGACAUGUUCAUCAACUAAAUUAUCGGCGAAAAUUCCAUAAAUUGUCAUGUUCGCCCCAUCAUUCAACAACGUCAAAAUUCGUCGACACUAAUUCCUCGUUACCAUCCUCAUCGUCAUCAACAUCAUCUUUGGCCAAUCGUCAAUCUGGAGGUAAUACUUCGGCCACUACAAUUACUAGCACAUCAGCGCCCUCAUUACCUACCGGUAAUACAAGUAGUGGUGGCAAUAGUAGUAGUGCUGCUUCUGCAUUUCUUUCCAAAUUAGGUCCAAUUCAGUUGGGCCGUAAACUUAGUCAGUUACGGAAUUCGGCGUUGAAUAACUCUUCGGCAUCGCAUUCGUCCGCCGUCACCAAGGGUACAGAGAAUCUUCAACGUGAAGCACUACGCAAAUCAAACGAACUGGGACAAUAUAAUCUGGAUAAUUCACAACGUUAUAUACGACUACCGCCAUCGCCACAUUCGAAAAAAUUCUCCACAAGCAUUAACGUCAGCCAGCGAUCUACCAGUCCGAUUGGAGAGAAAUGUUCCCAUAAAUUGAAAUGUAAUAAUAACAGCAACAUUAAUAAAAGUGGUUGCUUACCAGCAAAACAAUCACCAGCAUCAAACAUUAUUGAUUCAUUAUUUAUGUGCGAUGUUCUAGCAUCACCGAUACAAUCGAUACCAACACAGUUCAAUAAUCAUCAUUCAAACUCACCAUCAUUAGCAUCACACACUGCAUCCACACAACUAAUUUCGAAUCGAUCUUGUAUUUCGUCUCCAUCAUCAUCAUCAUUAUCAUCAUCAACGAUUUCAUUGACGCCGGCACCAACACCUCCGCCCCCUUUGCCUCCACAUAAUCAUCUGCUAUCAAAUUCUUCAGUUUCGACGUUAGUUCCACGUAGUGCCAACAACAAUCCACCACCUCGUCCAAAAGCCGAUAAGCCAAACAAACAUCAGCAUCAACCGUUGUCGAACAUGUCUUCGACUUCAGCCACCACCAAUAUGAACCGGUCACUUUUAACUAAUAACGUUGCCGUAUUAUCGUCUACAACAAGUUUGGUAUCGUCGAUACCAUCGAAUGUAUCCGGUAAUAAUGUACAUCAUAGUCAUGAUACUACAAAUGGCAUUCAAAUCGAAUCAUGUGUUCCUCGAUCAUGUACAUGUUCUCCAUCAUCUUUAAUUUCCUCAUCGACAACAACACAGCCAUCAUUAAAUCAAUGUGCUACUUGUUCUCCAUCGACCGGAGGAAAUCCCGUGAGCGCUUCCGGUUCCAGCAAUGCCUCAAACAAUCAGCAAACUACAAGCAACAAUCUUAAUAGUCAUCACCACCAUCAACAACAUCAACAGUUCAUUAAUAAACCACCACGUGGUUGGCUUCAUCCUGAUCAUAAGUUGACAGAUACCGAUGGUCCGGGUGUUACCUAUACCGUCAGGUACAUUGGAUGUUUAGGCGUCAAUACAUCAAUGAAAAGUUUGGAUUUUCAAACACGUUCACUGAUUGCCAAAGAAUCCAUAAAUCGUGUUUGCGAAUCAGCCGGGUUGAAAACGGUGGACAAAAAACGUCGCAUUGAUAAAAGGAUUGUAGGAAUGUUGGCCGACGCUCCAAAUAUGGAACAUGCUGGUGUCGAUGCCAAUCUAUCUAUUACGAUUUCAUAUCUCACAUUAACGUUAGCCGAAACAGGUGAACCUUUGGCCAAACAUGAGAUGCCAAACAUUUCUUUUGCAUCGGGUGGCGAUACGGAUACACUUGAUUUUGCCGCAUAUGUUGCCAAAGAUACACGAUUUGAACGGGCCUGUUUCGUACUUGAAUGUGAGGAUGGUCGAGCUCAAGAAGUUAUCACAACUAUUGGUCAAGCAUUCGAAUUGAGAUUCAAUGAAUUUCUCAAAAGGAAUCCAUUGUCUACCGAAAGGCUAGAACAUGGCCAUCUCGGGACGAACAAUAAUAAUAAUGGACAUAAUCAUAAAACAGCCAUGGCCAACAACAACGACAAUUGUCAAAUAACUCCUGCACAAAGAAUCGAAGAUCGUGAAUAUUAUAACGACCUGCCGGGAAAAAUUCCUCCUGAUAUAAUGGCAAUAAACAACGGUAGUUCUGACCGCAUGAAUAAAAUGAUCCCCCCGUUGGCUGCACCUAGGAGCAAAAAAUCAGCUAUAACCACAACGACUACACCCAAUAAUCCGCAAGAGGAACAGAUCAAUCUUAUCGAUUUGAAUGAUGAUUUAAAACCACCUUUGACAACUACUUCAUCAGCUUAUAAUAGCAACCUAUUCUCUAAACAGAUUCGGCCCACCGAUUCUCAAUAUGUCAAUUGUGGAGCAUCCGAUACAACAACCACUUCCACUGCUAAUAAAGAUCCAUUCGAUAUGCAACCUUUCAACAAUGCUCUUGCCGUUCAUGUAUCAGCUACGAGCAUGUCUCAAUCAUCCAACCAAACAGGCAAUUCAUCAAUGAGCCUGCCAUCAACAUCAGGGUUGCAAAAACUGGAUUAUGUUUCCAAUUGUGAUUUAGACAAGGAGGAAUGGUUUCAUGGAUCAAUAUCUCGUAAAGAUAGCGAAGCCUUGGUCAUAAGAGAUGGUGAUUUUUUGGUUCGUGAAUCGCAAGCCUCGCCUGGUCAAUAUGUCCUAACCGGAAUGCAAGGUGGUCACCGUAAACACUUAUUAUUGGUCGACCCUGAAGGGGUGGUACGAACGAAAGAUAAGACAUUCGAAAGCGUUAGCCAUUUGAUCAAUUAUCAUCGAAAUAAUGGCCUGCCUAUCAUUUCUUCCGAAAGCGCUUUGGUUCUCAAGAAUCCUAUUAUCACAUCAAAAAAACAUUGAUUGAUUCAAAGUUCUGUUACUACAUUAGUUGUGUUAAUAGUUUUCACCAAUUAUGAUGAAAAAUGAUGAUUAUUAUUAAGAUUUUAAAAUUGUUGUAAAUUC